CCCCGGAGCGAACGAGCGAGAGGAGAACGAAAAGUUUCAAACUUUCACGUCUCUGUUUCUGCGAAAUCAACGAUAAAGCUUCAAACUUUAUCGUCUGGCCGUUUGGUUUCUUCGUCGUAGUACAUGCACCAUGCUGCUUUACGUGAACCCAUAAAGAAAAGAAAAGAAAAGAAAAAAAGCGAAUCUUUUGUAUCCGAGAUUCAUAUGGUAAUGGAGCAGAAGAUGACUGUUUUGAAGGCGAAGAGGCAGGACAUGAAGGCAUGCUUCUCUUGUCCUAUCUGUAACAAUCUCUACGACCGUGCCACCACCAUCUCCGAGUGCCUCCACACAUUUUGCAAGAGAUGCAUAGAAGAAAAGUUGGUAGUAGAGAAUCUGAAAGCUUGUCCUGUCUGCAAUGUUGAUCUUGGUGUUGCUCCUCUUGAUAAACUCAGGUCGGAUAACAUGUGGGAUGAGUUGAGGCUAAAGGUCUUCAAACAAAAGCCAAAAAGCGUAAAGGCAGCAGCCACCAUUGAAACUGCUUCAGCAUCUUUGACAUACUCCAGAAAGAAGAAGACGGCUACUUCACCUAGAGUAUCAACCUCACCUGAGCCAACUCCAUUGGAAAGUGAGAAGCUUGAGGAGGAAAUGGAAGCGGUUUCUCUGAACCAAAGCUCGAGCGCACUAGUUUCGAAUUUCAGGAUGCGUGUAAGGAAAAACCUGGCGCCUAAAAGGAAUGAGAACCCAUUGGAACCGGAACAGCUUCAUGUGGAAAGCGAGAAUGGUUUUGAAAUUGUUCUCAACAUUGAACAAGACAAUGGUUUGGUUGGAGCAUUGACAUCUAAUGGAUGCAUACAAAAGGUUCCAGCUUCAUCUGAUGAUCUUGUCAAGUCCUUGAGUAAUGGUAAGGAGAGUAACGGUGCCGCACUGAAUGUUGAGACUGUGAUAACUACAAAUGGCAAAGAAGAUCAAGGCCAUGGAUCUAGUUCUGGUGGCAAUACAGAGGAAGUCCCUGUUCAAGCAAAUAUAAAGAAUGUCCUGUUAAGCUUUGGUAGAGAUAAAGAGGAAGUCUCUGGCGAGAAACUGAAGAACAAUGGUCAAGAAAAGCAAGAAAAUGGCUCUACUACCUCAGGGAAGAUCUCUGGUAAGAAGGGGAAAGGCAAAGCUUCUUCUUUUCGGGUUUUGAGACCGCGAAAGCAGGGGAAUAUGAGUUCAGAUGGUGCAUCAGAAGCAGCCGUUUCUAAAGAAGCAGAAGAUAAGACUGAAGGAAUUAACAAGAAAGUUUGGCUUUCACUAAUAGCGAAUCAGAACACAGAGAGGCCACUACUGCCACAAAUCUCCAAUUCCUACAUACGAACAGAUGCAAACUUACCUGUCUCAUAUGUCAAAAAGUAUCUAGCGUAUAAGCUUGGUCUCCAAAGCGAAGACCAAGUGGAGAUAUGGCUAAGGCAAGAGCCUGUGUGUUCGACGCAGAAGCUGCAUAACUUGGUGGAUUGGUGGGUCCAGUCUACUCCAGUUGCUGAGCGGAAAAGCGCCAUGGUUGGGAGCUCCGGUGCUGAGUUUGUCAUGGUUCUACACUACAGUGGCUCUCACUUCUUUGAAUAGCUCUUCUCACAUCCAAUCAUCAAAUCAUUUUCUUCUUUUUAAAACUUUUUUUUCUUGUGAAAGAAGAAAGCAUGAAUAAAAAGACUGCCUAGGGCUUGCAUCUUUCUUUAUUUAGUAAUUUGUUGAGGAUAAAUAUGGGAACUUUGCUUUUGCUUUGAUUUGCUUGUGAGGGGUGAGAAAACGGCAUCGUUUUCUGACAGAGGCACAUUGUAGCC